AUGGAAAGAGCUGACUGGGAUAUCGUUGACGAUGGAGAAAAUCUGAGAGAGUGCUCAAGCGAUACCGAAGUCUCCCUGGGUCAGGAUUUCCUGCUUAACGUGGUGGGGUUUGAGAGGAAAUUGAAGACGAUGCAAACUAGAGUGUUUGUUGUACACAUGACACCCUCUAUCGGGUCUCGCUUCUUCUUGAUGGCCAAAGUGGCUGAAAUGAUGACUGAUGAAUAUGUAUGRAUUCUCACAGAUGGGCUAACUAAUCUCCUUGAUUCCAUGGAUCCUUCUGUCAUUGAUUCCAUGCAAGGCGUAUUGGGAAUAAGACCCUAUGUUCCAAAAUCCAAAGAACUCGAAAAUUUCAAAGUUAGAUGGAAAAAGAAGUUCCAACAAGAUAGCCCAUUAAUGAGCAACCUAGACAUCUUUGGGCUAUGGGCUUAUGAUACUGCCAAGGCACUAGCAAUGGCAGCAGAGAAAGUUGGAGGUGAAAAUUCUAGCUACCAGCAGAUACAAUUCUCGGAGAAUUCCACCGACCUUGCCACACUUGGAGUCUCUCAAAUAGGUCCCAAGCUUCUCCAAACAAUUCUGAAGACUGAAUUUCGAGGCCUAAGUGGGGAAUUCCGCCUUGUUGAUGGGCAAUUGCAAUCAUCAGCCUUCCAGAUUCUGAAUGUGAUAGGGAAUGGGUGGAAAGAAGUAGGAUUCUGGACUCCAAGAAAUGGAAUUCUGAGAGAAAUGAAUGUUACAAGUACACAAGUUUAUUCAACUUCGAAGGGCAAUCUCCGCACUAUUAUAUGGCCGGGUGACACUACAGCUAUACCCAAGGGUUGGGUGAUUCCUACCAGUGGAAAGAAGUUGAGAGUUGGAGUUCCAGUGAAAGAUGGAUUCAGUGAGUUUGUGAAGGUGACACGAGAUUCACAUACUAACCAAACAAUUUUCACUGGAUACUGCAUCGACGUAUUCAAGGCUGUAAUGGAGGCAUUGCCAUAUGCAGUACCUUACGAGUUUGUUCCCUUCGAGAAGGCUGAUGACAAAAGCGUUGGUAGUUACGAUAACUUGACCUACCAAGUAUAUCUCCAGCAAUAUGAUGCAGUCGUGGGAGAUACUACUAUCAUAGCCAAUAGAUCCCUGUAUGUAGAUUUUACAUUGCCAUAUACAGAGUCCGGAGUAUCCAUGAUUGUUCCAGUAAAGAAGGAUGAUAAGAAGAAUGCAUGGAUUUUCUUGACACCUUUGAGUAGGGAUCUUUGGUUAAURAGUGGUGCUUUCUUCAUUUUCACUGGAUUUGUUGUUUGGGUUCUUGAACAUCGAGUAAGUGAUGAUUUUAGAGGUUCCAUUGGAGAUCAAAUCGGAGUGACUCUUUGGUUCUCCUUCUCAACGCUCGUUUUCGCACACAGAGAGAGAGUUGCAAGCAAUUUGGCUAGGUUCGUUGYGAUCAUUUGGGUGUUUGUUGUUCUCAUUCUUUCCUCAAGUUACACGGCAAGCUUAGCUUCGAUGUUGACAGUCCAGAAGCUCCAACCCACCAUUACUGAUGUACAAGAGCUCAUAAAAAGUGGAAAGAAUGUUGGCUACCAAGAUGGUUCAUUCGUGGUGGGGUUCUUAAAAAAGAUGGGUUUUGAUGAGUCCAAGCUGAAGGUUUAUAACUCUGUAGAAGAAUGUAAUGAUGGUUUGACGAAAGGGAGUCAUAAUGGUGGCUUUGAUGCUGUUUAUGAUGAGAUCCCUUACAUCAAGCUCAUUCUAUCAAGUUAUUGUUCCAAGUACACAAUGGUUGGACCUACGUAUAAAACUGAUGGCUUUGGCUUUAAACUUGCUGCCAGCAAUCACACUCUAUGGGGUUUCUUUCGAUCUCUACCUGCAGAUUUUCAUGGUUAUUUUGUACCUUCUGAAGGUUACUUCGGUGGAUUGUGGCUUGGGUGGUGUAAUGAAAUUUAUAUAGACCAUUUGGCAUUGUUGAUUAAUUCUUCUCUUCAUUUCAUCAAAUUUGUUGUUUUCAUUGGAAUUUAG